CCGGAUCAGCUGACGCAGCCUUUGGAUGUGAGUGCGGUGCGGCUGUGCCCUCCCUUGUGCCGUUCAGUCCCGAUCAGCAGCUCCGGAGGAAAUCGGCUUUGUGUCUCCCUUUUCGUUCAGCUGCCCGUGAGCGCGGAUAUUAAAGGUUCGAUCGGUGGUGGAACCGCAGCCAUGCUGCCCCAUAUAACGCUGCUCGUGCUGACUGUCGGAGCGCUAGCGCUGGAGGUGCCAGCAGAUGGAAAUGGAGGCCUGUUGGCAGAGCCACAGAUUGCCAUGUUCUGUGGCAAGCUGAAUAUGCACAUGAAUGUUCAGAAUGGGAAAUGGGAGACUGAUGUGUCCGGGACAAAGGGCUGCAUUGGAACCAAGGAAGGAAUCCUUCAGUACUGUCAGGAGGUAUACCCAGAGCUGCAGAUUACCAACGUUGUUGAAGCCAACCAGCCGGUGACAAUCCAGAAUUGGUGCAAGAAAGGACGAAAGCAGUGCAAGAGCCGCACUCACAUUGUGGUUCCCUACAGAUGCUUAGUCGGGGAGUUUGUUAGUGAUGCGCUGCUCGUUCCAGACAAGUGCAAGUUCCUUCAUCAGGAAAGGAUGGACAUUUGUGAAACUCACCUGCACUGGCACACUGUGGCCAAAGAGUCCUGCAGUGAGAAGAGCAUGAGUCUCCAUGAAUACGGAAUGCUCCUUCCAUGUGGAAUCGAUAAAUUCCGGGGAGUGGAGUUUGUGUGCUGCCCGUCUGCCGAAGAAAGUGAAAGCUUUGACUCCGCAGAUGCAGAGGAUGAUUCUGACGUCUGGUGGGGAGGUGCUGAUGCCGAUUAUGUGGAUAGAAGUGAUGACAAGGCUGUAGAAGCCCAACCAGAUGAAGAGGAGGAGGUUGUAGAGGUGGAAGAGGAGGAAACGGAUGAUGAUGAGGACGAUGGGGAUGAAGCCGAGGAAGAACCCGAGGAACCCUAUGAAGAAGCCACCGAAAGAACAACAAGUAUAGCCACUACCACCACUACUACUACAGAGUCUGUGGAAGAAGUUGUAAGAGAGGUGUGCUCUGAGCAAGCUGAGACUGGACCCUGUCGAGCAAUGAUCUCCCGCUGGUAUUAUGAUGUGACGGAAAGCAAAUGCGCCCAGUUCAUUUAUGGAGGCUGUGGCGGGAACCGAAACAACUUUGAGUCUGACGAUUACUGCAUGGCAGUCUGUGGCAGCGUCACAGUUCCCGCCACAGCUGCCAGCACCCCUGACGCAGUUGACAAGUACCUGGAGAACCCGAAUGAUGAGAACGAGCACGACCGCUUCCUGAAAGCAAAGGAGAGGCUGGAGGGCAAGCACCGCGAGAAGAUGUCUGAGGUGAUGAAGGAAUGGGAAGAAGCUGAACGCCAGGCAAAGAACCUUCCCAAGGCUGACAAGAAGGCAGUAAUACAGCAUUUCCAGGAGAAAGUGGAAUCCCUAGAACAAGAAGCUGCAAACGAAAGGCAACAACUGGUCGAGACCCAUAUGGCCCGAGUGGAAGCCAUGUUAAAUGAUCGUCGACGAAUCGCCCUGGAGAACUACAUCACUGCUCUGCAAGCUGAUCCUCCACGGCCCCGCCAUGUGUUCAACAUGCUGAAGAAGUACGUGCGGGCCGAGCAGAAGGACAGACAGCACACUCUCAAACACUUUGAGCAUGUCCGUAUGGUAGAUCCCAAGAAGGCGGCUCAAAUCCGAUCUCAGGUAAUGACACACCUUCGAGUGAUAAACGAGAGAAUGAACCAGAGCUUUUCACUCCUCUACAAGGUGCCGGCCGUGGCUGAGGAAAUCCAGGAUGAAGUCGAUGAACUCUUCCAGAAGGAGCAGAACUACUCAGAUGACAUGGUGUCCAACAUGGUGAGCGACCACAGAGUCAGCUACGGGAACGAUGCCCUGAUGCCUUCUCUCAGCGAGACCAAGACCACCGUUGAGCUUCUUCCCGUAGAUGGAGAGUUCAACAUAGAGGACCUCCAGCCCUGGCAUUCAUUCGGGGUGGACUCUGUUCCAGCAAACACUGAGAAUGAAGUCGAACCAGUGGACGCCCGCCCUGCUGCAGAUAGAGGGCUCACUACACGCCCAGGCUCGGGACUGACCAAUAUCAAAACAGAAGAAAUCUCAGAGGUGAAGAUGGAUUCUGAAUAUAGACACGAUACUGCCUAUGAAGUGCACCAUCAGAAACUGGUCUUCUUCGCAGAGGAAGUGGGAUCAAACAAAGGAGCAAUCAUUGGUCUGAUGGUGGGGGGCGUUGUCAUAGCAACGGUGAUAGUCAUCACUUUAGUGAUGCUGAAGAAGAAGCAAUACACAACUAUCCAUCAUGGAGUAGUAGAGGUGGACGCGGCGGUGACCCCAGAAGAGCGCCACCUCACCAAGAUGCAGCAGAACGGCUACGAGAACCCAACGUACAAGUUCUUCGAACAGAUGCAGAACUAAGAACGCCGCCCCGGGAGCCUCUCGAAUCAGACCGCAGAGAAAACCUGCUUCACCGCUCGCGGCCGUUAUAUACAUAUAUAAAUAUAGGAAAUGAAAAAAAAAUCAUCUUGUUGAGAGAAUUAAAAACAAACAAAAGCAACCGCACCAAUCCACCUCUCUUUCAUCAUUUUACUCAUUUUCCCCCCUUUUUUGACAGCUGUGCUGUAACACAAGUAGAUGCUCGAAGUCAGAACUAAUACCUACGGAAUUAUCAGUAACGUAUUCUCUUAACAUUUCCCUCUUUCCACGACAUUAUCAAUGAAUGUUUUUGUGUACUGUAAAGAGUUUAGCUGUCUCUUAACUACUUGCAUGCCUAGCCCCUCCCCCUCCCCAUUAUUUAUCAUGUUGUUCCAGUUGUAUAUUAUUCUUGUGAUUUGUGACAAAAACAAACAAAAAUGAUUGAAACCUGCUUUACAAAUGACUGGGGAUGGCAAUUUUAUGUAUUUAAGGCUCUGCUGCUUUCCCUUUGCCGACGACAAUUUCUUUUUCUUUUUUUUGUCACCGCUAUGCAUUUAAAAUUUCAAUUUUAUUUUUUAAAUAUUCCAUUAAAUUUACCAAUUUCUUUCCCUCUAUACCGUGUUCUUGUACAGAUCGUUCUCCUGUGUUAGUGGUGUAGAAAAUCAUGGGAACACACAUUCGUUUCUUUGUGCCUGUUUUAUGUGCACACUUUAGGAACUGCAAAAA